AUUGAUUACAUCAUACAUGUAUAUUCUAAUAAAGUUUCACACAAUUUCAUCAUAAAUUUAUUGAUUAUUUACUCAUGUCUACCAAAACACACAAAACUCAAAACAAUGUCGAAUAAAAUCAAGAUUUGUAAAAUAUGUGGCGACAAAUCAAUCGGGUUUCAUUUCAAUGCAAUCACAUGUGAAUCGUGUAAAUCAUUUUUUCGUAGAAAUUCACAGAAAAAAUCGGAUCACUUUAGGUGCUAUUUGGGCAACAAUUGUAUUAUAAACAUUGAGACCAGAAACUCAUGCAAAAAAUGCCGUUUAGACAAGUGUUUCUCUGUCGGAAUGUCAACCGAUUUCUUUCACACCGAAGAGCAAAAGCGGAUGAGAAAAGUGAGAAACAAAAACACAGAGACUAUGAGCCCUAAAAGCGACGGCAUUAGUGAGGAUAGUAUGGUCUCGACGUCGAGCCUGUCCUCAGAGGCCGACGCUAUAAUCGCCGAGAUUUUCAACGAAGAAAGCCAUGUAUCAGACAAUGAGUCCAUGGGUUACGCUUCUGACACCACGGCAUACAAGUGCGAGCUAUCAGUUGUGCCAAUCGUAAGACCGAUCGGCGAUUGUAUCCCAAAUUUUAAUGAAUUAGAGGUACAAAAGUUGCGCGAAUUGUUGAAUGCCAUCAAUAGUAUGAUCGCUCCGACCGCCGACACCGACACCCCUAUAGUACUGACCAAUGAAUGGGACGCCAAGAAUGCGAUGAUCAUGAAAAAUGAUUUGCAAAUUGCAAACAUUGUCAAAAUGUCCAAAUGUUUGACCACGUUUAACGCUCUGUGCGAAAACGAUCGCAUUGUAUUGAUUACGUACGGCUCGAUGGAGAUCGGUGUGCUCAGGGACUUUAUCCGAGAUAUUGGUCUCGACUACGAUUCCGACCCAAUGAUCAUUAAUUUGACACCAACAGAAUAUCUAUAUUUAUUUAUUACAACGAUAUUUGCAAAUAAAAUAUCGGUCCGAUUUACUGAUGAACGCAAAGCUAUUGAGAUUUAAAACGAAUUUAAAACAAUUAAAUGAAAUAGGUGAAAUGAUAAUCAACAUCUCUAAUCCUAUGGAUUUAA